AUAACCCUUCUACAUUUUUAAAAACAAAUCAAAAGAUAAAAAAGUAAUAGUAAUUAGUAAAGAUUCAAUCUAUUAAGAUAUUUUUUUGGGAAGCCAAUCUAUUAAUAACUAUCUCCACUAAUUAAAAAAUCUCAUCCAAAUACGAGCACCAUAUCCGCAAAUCUAUUUUUAAUUUAUUUUCAUUUUCACGAUAACAGUCCAGUCACACUUCAAUACCAAGAAUAAUUUAAUGAAAAUAAUAAAGUUCAAUUUUUAACUCCCUUUGACAGUUUGACUGUAUCCUUUCGCCACGUAGAUAAAAAAAAAAAAAAUCGGCUACUCCGAACCUUUUAUGAUUGAAGUACAACACAGAUUCAGGCCGCGUGACGAGACGUCUUUCUGUUGCUCCAAUAUUUGCUGUUUCCUCCUCUAUUUUUUCCACUACUUAUUUAUUCAUCUCUCCUUCCUUCUUUACUCUCUCGGUUUUCUCCACAGCGGAAAGAUUUGAAACCUCGGGGACUCUUUCUCUACUAUGCGAUAGUUUGGUUCCUUGCUCCGUAACUCUCCGCCGCGCCAUACAGAGCGAGUGAGAGAGGGCGAGAGAGCUCCGACGCCAAAAUCACCACCAUGACUACUCCCUGUCCGUCUCCGGCUCUCCCGCCGCCGCCGGCUUUUCCUGCUGCUCCUCCUCCCGCACUCAACAAAUGCUUCAAUUCCGAUUGUACGGAGAGCAAGUCCAAGAAAGGCUGGCGGCUGCGUUCCGGGGAGCUAGCAGAGCUGUGCGAUCGAUGCGGGACUGCUUAUGAGGAAGGGAGAUUUUGUGAGAUUUUUCACCCGCGUGCUAGUGGCUGGAGGUGUUGUGAGUCCUGUGGGAAGCGUGUGCACUCUGGUUGUAUUGUCUCUGUAAGUGCAUUUACGUUGUUGGAUGCCGGUGGGGUUGAGUGUGUGGCUUGUGCAAAGAAGAAAAUAGUUUUGACAUCAAAUCCUGCAUGGGCACCUUUCGUUUACCAUGGAUAUUUAUCUGACAGCCUGAAGGACCUUUCAGUUAAAAACUGGAACCAUUUAGCUGGACCAGGUCCGGUGCCAUGGAAACAAACACCCAGUGUGUUCAAUUCUUCUAUUCGUCCGACUGAUGCGCAUCCUAGGAUGCCUUAUGAUGUUGGUAGUGCCUCCGAGACACUAUCUUGCACUUCGCAAGAAAAAGGAAAAAUUGAUUAUUUUGCUCAGAGGUCAACGAAUGGAACUUUGAAGCUUAGUUCAAGGGACAAACCUGAGAAUGGUUAUUCAGGUGCAUCUGGCGAGGAACAACAUUCUUCUUCUGUAAGAAAAGAUUUAUCCACCCUGCAAUUUGGCAUGGUUGGAACAAAUACAUCCGCAAAUGAAGCUAAUGGAAAAUUUGGGUGCUCUGGAGCAACUGCACGCGCGACUUCAUCACCAAUUGUAAAGCAGCUUUCUGUUACUUUUCAGAAUGGAGGUGAUUCUCCUGUUGAACCUCGUAGUCGCGGGAGGCCCCGGGCAGAUGCCCGUGGAAGAAGCCAGUUACUUCCAAGGUACUCGCCAAGGUUUACUGACGAGGAGCUGGCACAGAUAUCUGUAAAUUCAAAUUCUAUAAUAACUCCUUUGUUUGAGAAACAAUUGAGUCCUAGUGAUGCUGGACGAAUUGGACGGCUGGUGCUGCCAAAAAAAUGUGCUGAGGCUCAUUUUCCACCAAUCUCUCAGGCAGAUGGUUUACCUCUCAAGAUUCAAGAUGCUAAAGGCAAAGAAUGGAUAUUUCAGUUCCGUUUUUGGCCCAACAACAAUAGUAGAAUGUAUGUUCUGGAGGGGGUUACCCCUUGCAUACAGAAUAUGGGACUCCAAGCAGGUGAUACGGUGACAUUCAGUCGGUUAGAGCCUGAAGGGAAAUUGAUCAUGGGUUUCAGAAAAGCUUCAACAACUCCAUCAUCUGAUCAGGAUAAUGAAUCAAGCAAGCCCAUAACUGGGCCUUCUGGAAAUGGAGAAGUUGACCUGUCAGAACCUAGUCUAUGGUCUAAAGUUGACUAUCCGGGUUAUAUAGCACCUUCUAAAGUUGACAAGUCGGGUUACAUAGCCAAAGAAGUUCUUGAUUUCAAACCUUUGGGGAAAAAGAGGAAGAACAGAAUAGUAGGUUCAAAGUUUAAGCGUCUAAGAUGGGAAAGUGAGGAUAUGAUAGAACUGCAGAUAACAUGGGAAGAAGCACAGGGGCUGCUCCGCCCUCCUCCUGAAAAUAUUCCCACUGUUGUAGUGAUCGAAGGAUUCGAAUUCGAGGAAUUUGAGGAUGCACCAGUACUUGGGAAGCCAACACUUUUAGUAAGCGAUGAUGCUGGAUGGACAUGUUUGAGUAACUUCUGGGAUCCAGAAAGGUAAACAGUUGCUCUCUAUUUUGCUUAAAUUUACAGAACUUGUUUACUUUAGGAUACAUUUAGGUUUUCUUUGGCCAGUUAAUCCAGCUCUUACCACCCAUUUAACAAUCGAUUGAUAACAAAUGGAAAUGAAAAUUCAUUUCCAUGUCUCAUUUUUCAAAUUAUAGUGUCCAUAAUAGAAAAAGGAAGUAAAUGGUUCUUUUUAAAACAGAAAGAGUAAAACAGAUAGAAAGGGAGAAAGAAAGAAAGUGAUGGCAGUCCACCUAUUCAUCUUCACAACAUCCAAAUCCCCACCAUUUUGCAAAUUCCCCUAUUUUGGCCUCCUAGAAUAUGAUCUCUCACAAUUUUCUUUAUUUCAAACAGGAAAAUGAUGAAAAGAGUUGGGAAAAUGAACCUUUUCUUCAAUUUUGUAAGCUAUCUAAACAAGCGGUUAAGAACGUAACGCUUAAAUCACAUUGAGGCGGGUUAACGGUAGUUCAGCUUGUGAUACUUGUAUGUGGUUUUGCUUCUCUAAUAUACCUGAAGGGCCGAGAUCACUUACUUCUGUGGUUUGACAAAAUGCAACUUAUGGAUCGUUUGGAUUUCUGACACUGCUUGAAAAAAAAUCCUCGUUUCAGAUCAUCAUGCUUAGCAGAUCAAGAAGUGAGCAGAGAACAGCUAAAAAAUCUGCUGCCACACCCUGAUCUAGGUAUGAAUUGCUUGGAACAAAUAGCGUAUUUUUCU